AGACCCAUUGAACAUGCGGCACGAUUCGAUGGAAACGCUUUCAUUGUAUUCUCAGAGGAUGAAUUCCCACAUUUGACUUCAGAGAAGGAGGAGACCAUUGAAUUUCGUUUCAAAACGGAUGCUUCUUCUGGAUUGAUAUUUUGGCAAGGUCAGCAGCCAGGCACACCUCUCGUGGGCGAGGACUACUUAUCAAUUGGUCUUCAAGAUGGCCACUUAGUUUAUUCGUAA